AUGCGAUUCUGCACGAAGUUGCGGCCCUCUGGUGUCAAUGGCGUGGCGUGCUGGUAUGGCCGGCGGCAGUUCUUUAUCAGAUGGUGCGGGGGCUUCGUCUUCUCGCCAGUGCAGCUGGUGUCGGAGCAGCUGUUCCGUGGCAACGCGCAGCCCGCCUCGGUGCUCGUCGGCGCGGCCGCGGCCGCGCUGCUCGGCGCUGUGGCGCCGAAGUUUGCCGCCGCGGGCCGACGCGCGGAGGGGGCGGCGGAGGGGGCGGCGGCCGCCGCCCCUGCGGCGCUGGAGGCCGGUGCGACGCGUCGCCUCGCUGGGGCUCGCGCCAGGCCGGCCGGCGUGUCCGACCUCCGCUUCGGCGUCGUGGACUCCGGAGACGGCCCAAGCGGGUGGACCAGGAACCGCCUCGAGGAGCACGACGACCUCCACCGGGUCGACCGGGAGGGCCCGGGGCGCGUGAUCGAGUGGCGCGACGCGGUCUCGGUGUUCCUGACGGCCCCGGUGAUCCCGUUGCUGCUGUUCGUGACCUGCGACGGCUUCGUCAUGCCCCACACGCGGUUGCACGGUACAUCCAGGUACUCCGCGAGCGAGCUGCACCAGUUCUGCAUCCUGCUGACGGCGAAGGCGCUGGUGCCGACCAUCACGUUCCACGGGCUGGCGCGGGACCCCUUCCACCACCUGCUCAUGAUGCGCCGCUUCGCCGAGGUGCUGGAGCACCCGUUGUACCUGCACCCGCUCUGCUACAUGGCGCUGGGCCCCUUCCUCGGCUCGUCGCUGGCUCUCCUGAUCUCGUCCUGCAUGCUGCUGCCGCCGGUGGCUCCCGCCUGCGUGAUGCUGGUGAUGAGCCUGGCGAUGGCCCACGUCCUCAACCCGCUCUGCUACUUGCCGCUGGGCCACUUCCUCGGCUCGUCGCUGGCGCUCCUGUACUUGAUGUGCAUGCCGCUGCCGCUGGUGGCGGCCGUCAUCGUGAUGAACUUGUCCUGCAAGCCGCUGCCGCUGGUGGCGCCCGUCGUCGUGAUGCUGGUGAUGCUCUCGCUGCUCUCCGUCCCCUUGUCCGCGAAUGGCACCGUGUCGAUUCUUUGGAACUCGGAGUUGCUGCCGCUGGUGGCGAACAAGUGCAUGACGUCGCUGAUGCGGGUGGCGAUCCUCCUGCUGCCCGAGUGGCUGCGACUCGUCCCGCCCAUCCUGAAGGUGCUCUGCAUGAUGGUGUUCGAGCCGCCCCGCUACCUGAUGAUGCUCUUCCUGAUGAUGCUCCGUGUGCUGCUGCCGCAGCUGAAGCACACAUGCCUGACGUUCUCCCGCAUGAAGGACACCUGCAUGAAGAACACCUGCACGACAAUCCUCACGGACACUUGCAUGAAGUACACCUGCCUGGAGCACACCUGCAUGACAAUCCUCAAGAACACUCGCAUGAAGUACACCUGCAUGCCGUUCACCUGCAUGGAGAACACCUGCAUGAAGACGCUCGCCGCGAUCCUCCCGAAGACGAUCGACAUGACUGGGCGGUCCCUGGCGUCGAGUACCUUCGCCGACCCGACCUUCUUCAACUCCGCUGCUGCUGCACGGCUCAUGCUGAUCUGGCAGAUCGUCUGGUGGAUCCCGAAGAAGGCCUGCAUGUUGCUGCUCGUGCCGUCCCGCCGCCUGGAGUGCCUGACGAUGUACCCCACAAACAAGCUCUUCCUGCCGCUGCCGCUGGUGGCGAACGACCCCGCCAGGAGGUCGCCCGUGUCUGUCCCGAAGAAGCCCUGCAUGAUCCUGUUCGUGCCGUCCCGCCGCCUGGAGUGGCCGACGCUGUCCCCCACGAACAUGCUCUUCCUGCCGCUGCCGCUGGUUGCGAAGCACCGCCCCGGCCGGGCGUGCCGCCAGUGCCUGCCCAGACCGCCCGGUUGCCGCGAGCCCGCUCCCCAGCGCGGGCCGCUCGUACGGGGCGGCCUCACAGGCGCAGGCCUCGCUGCGACCACCCAGGGCAUCGGCAGCAGGGUGUCACCGUGA